GAAAUGAAAUAUAAGUGAAUACAAUGUUUUCAAAAUUUGUGAAAAAACAAUUAACUGGUGAUGAAAACCCUACUUGUGCUGGGGAAAAGUGUGGUGAACACUCGGUGGAUGCUAUCAGGCAUGCUGAGUGUAACAUUCCUACUUGGUUUGAAGACCUGUUUGAUUCCCCUGUGUCUAGCAAACAACUGACAUCAGUGUAUUCUUGCUGUUGUGAUAAAACAAAUCAAACAUCUUUUGUGACAUCUGAAACAGUUACAGAUAUGAAUGGCAUAAAGGCAGAUACGAUGUCAAGCCCAACUGGCAACCAAAAGUUUACUUUCUCAAGGACCAGCAGCACUGGGUCAAUACCAGCAGCAGGCUGCACCUCAUCUGCAUCAUCUGCUCAAAACACAGAUGAUGAAGACAGUGAAUCAAGUAAAGUACCAUCAUAUAAAGAUAGGCGACGAGAAGCUCACACUGUAGCUGAACAGAAAAGAAGAGAUGCAAUUAAGAAAGGCUAUGAUGAGCUUCAGGGCAUUGUACCAACAUGUCAACAACAAGACAGCCUGGGGUCACAGAAAAUAAGCAAAGCCACUGUUCUGCAAAGAUCUAUUGAUUACAUGCAGUUCUUGAGCAAUCAAAAAAAGAAGCAAGAAGAGGAAUUAGAAUCUUUACGUAAAGAGGUUAUGGCCCUUAAAAUCAUGAAAGCAAACUAUGAACACAUUGUUAAAACACAUCAAAGUUCGCCAUCCCAUGGUCAGAACCAGGUUUCAGAUGAAGUAAAAUUUCAAGUGUUCCGUAAUAUGAUGGACUCAUUGUUCCAGUCCUUCAAUGCAUCAAUUUCUGUUGCCAACUUUGCUGAGCUUUCUGCUUGUGUCUUCAGUUGGUUAGAAGAGUACUGUAAACCUCAGACUCUUAGAGAACUUGUAAUGGGAAUUUUGAGACAAGUCAACACUACUGUCAAUAACCAAUGAUUUUUCUCAAAACUUUUUUUUUAAAUGAUCUGUACACCAAUAAAAUGCUCUGUGACAUUGUUCAUCUUUAAUGUUCACCAAUGGUAAUGAGACUUUUGAACUUAGGCUAAAGUUCCAAAAGUUUUUAAAAGGGAAAGUUGAUUAUUAGCCUUUGCAGAGAAAAAUUAUAGGUCUAAUGUUAAAAGUUAUCGCUCAAGUACAAUUGUACCUAGAUAAAUCAGAAAAAUAAGUCUUAAGCCUGAUAAGGGGUAGCUUUUAGUUAUGAUUUUUUUUUUGGUGUACAAUGCCUAAAUAAUUUGUGCUUUUUAAAACAUUAGUAUUUGAGAAAAAUAAGGAAGAGCAAGCUUUAUCUGGGAAAAGCCAGUCAAGAAAGAGAUUGGGGGUGCAAGGAUGACAUUGCUUGAAGUGAAGGGGUCAUAAGCGAUUUUAUUGGCAAAGUUUCAUUCCAAUGGAACAUGAUGGAAAAAGAAUCUAGUUUUUCAAGGUCAAAAUAAUUAUACAAAAAUGCUAUAUUUUAUGAUGUAAAUUGAUUAGCUUCUAAGCUUUGUAUAAUAAUGAUAUUUUAUUUGUAAAGCUUUAUAUAUUAAUGUUACAAGACUUUUUGAAAUGGUGAUUUGACAUGAGCUGUGAGGAAAAUGUAAAUGGUGUCUUGCAUUUGAUGUAUAAAAGUAAUGUGAUUGCUGGUUAUUCUUUAAUGUAAAUAUUAUAGAUGCUAUACUUUUGUAUGACUGCUUUAUGAGCAUGUUGAACUUUUUUUUUUUUUAAAUUAGUGUAUAUUGAUGUAACAGCUUCCUUAACUUCAUAUAUGUCUAGACUUUAUUUGCAUUAUCCUUAGAUACUAGUAGAUAAGCCAUAAUGUUAAUAUUAUGAAUAGAAGUUGAUGUAAAACCAAAUUUCUUUUAUAUUCAGGAUACAGUACAUUUCGUUUAGAUAUAGCAAAAAAUAUUAUUGCAUCCAUUAAUAAAUUCAGUAACUAAGGAAAUAAAAAUGUUCAACUCCUUAUACAAUGUGUAGGGUAAAGUAUUUUUCUGUAACUUUCGUAACUGUAAAAAUUUCAAAACAUGAUGAAUGCUUGUAAAUAGGUAAUAUUUGAUUGGGUCUUUUUCAUUAAUCAUUUAUAAUCAGAAUUGUUUAUGAUGUGUCUUAUAAAUGUUUUUAAUAAUUAUACAUUCAAUAUAUUUUGCAAAUGUAUAAAACAUUUUAAAAUAACUUGAUUAUGAUUGUUUCAACAAAAAUUGUUCACAUAAUUAAAGUUUUACUGCAUUUACAUUU